AAAAUUAUAAGAUUUGAUAAAUUUAAAUUAUUUUGUUUCAGUAAUUUAGAGAUCAUCAAAACAUAACUAAUAUAUAAAAAAGCUUUAUAUUUCAAUUUCAAAUCAAACAGAAAUUAACAAUCAUAUAGCCUGCAAAUGUCUAUAUACGUAGGUAUAAUAGUUUUAGAAGAGCUUUUAAAUAAACAAAGGUAUGAUCAGACCAUAAAAGAAUUAUCUCUCUUCUUGAAAACUCACAACGCUGAAAUUGAUCUUUAAAUCGAUGAUAAGUUUGUUAGCUUUAAACCGAUAGAUAGUUUAAGCGAAAUAAAUUUCCCUCAAAACAGUACCUAUUUUAGAACUACUUAUUUCAGAAUUAGCAUUGAAAACUAGAGUGAUGAUAUUUAUUUAAAAAGAUUUUGCGAGUUAGUUUGGGAAUGCUGCUGUAUAUUUAAAGAAAACUUCCCCUCUAGAAUAGAACUGUUCUAAGAAAAUUUAGAUUAAUACAUUAAUAUAGACGAAGUUUCUCUGAAUCAAGAGCUUCUUAGAAGAUAAAUUAAUGGCUUGCUAAAUAAGCUUUCACUAUAAGAAAAGCUGAAGAAAGAUGAAAUAUAAGAUAUUUUUUCUGUCCUUGAAAAUUCAAUCACUCUACAAAACUUAAAAGGUUUAAAAGCUUGUUUAGAGCUUCUUGAGAGUGAUCUAUGUGCUCCUUGCUUGCUUUAAUAAGUAAGUUAGAAAGAAAUCGAUCUUUUAGAAAGUAUUGACAGUGAUGAAGGGGUUAUAAAAUAAAAUUUUGACUCUGAGCUCUUAUUAAAGGAGUACUAGGAUAUUAGAUAAUGUUGUUAAAGUAUCUUAUGUAAAAUUUUAAGAGUAAAGAACCAGUUAUCAGAUAAUUAAAAUAAUGCUGGACCCCAAUAAUAAAACACCAUCAUUUAAUAGCUUAAAAAAUUUGAAGUUGUAAACUAUAACUAACCAACUUUUAAACAUAGCUAUAUAUUUUAACUAAGAGAAACUAGCGACAUAGAAAGAGUUACUUUUAUAUUGGAUACUUUAAUGUCUAAGAAUCUUAAAUUAAUGGAAGAUCUUCAAUAAAUUGGAUUACCAUUAGUUAUUGGAUAGAUAAUCGAAAAAUACAGCGACGGAGAAUUCGGCAUUGAUUUCUCAGAAGUAACAUAGUAUUGUGUUUUCCACAAUAGAUUAUUAAAAUAUUUGAAUAGAUCUAUGGAAACUUAAUACUCCGAUUUUUUAUAUUCAGAUGAAAGAGAUGGUGUAUUUGCAUAUAAGUUAUUUUAGAUUUUAGAAGAAGGUGUUUUAAAUAUACUCAAGAAUACAGUGAAUUUGGAUAACAGAGAAAAAAUUGAAAAAGACUUAUAUUUAUAACAGUUGAUUACUAUUUAUGAGUCAUUUUUAAAUAGUGAAAGAGCAAAAAACUCUGAAUAGUUUUAGUUCCACUUUAAAAAUCACCUCAUCACUGUUAAAGAAAUCUCAACAAGUUUCUUAGGUAUUGGAUCUCCUGAAGAUUUAUAAGCAGUUUCAAAAGAGCUAAAGUAAUUCUAUUUAAAUAUUAGUAAGUAAGCUGACAGAAUAGAAUUUGCUUUUGCUAAAAGAACUGUGAAUUUUGGAAAUUAACUUAAUUAAUCUGAUAACUAGAUAAUGGAUUAAGUCAACAAUUAUAAGAUGAGCUAUAUUAGUGCUAAAGAAGAAGGAAAUGGAAGCAAUUAAGGUAGUGCUAUAAAAAAUUGGAUUUAAAAUAAAAAAAGCAACUAAAUGAAAACUAAUAAUAUUGAUCUUCCUCGCUAAUAAAAUUAUUAUGAGUAUAGCAACUAAAAAGCCAACCUUCAAAAAAGCAAUAUUUCAUAAUAAGAAUAUGCCAAUUAAUCAGCCCCUACAUCAGAAUCUAAAAAUUCUAAAAAUUUAAUAUCUUAAUAAGCUUCAGGGCUAAGAGAGUAAUAUGCUAGGUAGUAAUAAUAAUAAAAUGUUUCAUAAUAAGAAGUAUUUUCAAAAUAAGACUCUUCUCUUUAAGAUUAGUUCUCAAGACAAUAAAUCUCUUAAAUUCAUCAAUUCUAAAAAUUUUCUUAAUAAAUUCCUUAAACAUAAUCAGCUUUAUCUUCGAUCUAAUACGAAAAAAAUAACAUUUUUUCAUAAAAAGAUAGUCAAUCAUUUAUCAAAGAAAACAGAAUAUUAAAUAAAAACCCAUUUCUUUCAAAGUAUCAGUAAAAUGAUGAUGAAGAUUUUGUAAGAUAAGAAACAUAAUGA